AUGAGUCCAACAGAAGAAGAAUAUCUCCAACUUGAAAAGGAGAUCAACUUGGAUGACAUUGAUUUCUCCGAUUUAGAAGAAAAAUACGAAGUUGACACCGGAUUAGACAAUUAUGUUAUUGUUGAUGGUGCUCCAAUUGCCCCAGAGUCAAAGGUACCAAUCUUAAUCAAAGUUUUAAGAAAAUUGUUCAACACUGUAGGUGAAGUGGUCGAAGGUGAUGAUGGUGUUUAUAUGCCAUUAGAAAAUGGGAAGUCCAAGGGGUAUUUAUUUGUCCAAUUCAAAACUGCUGCUAUGGCCGAAGCUGCUAUCAAAUCUUUAAAUGGGAAGAAAUUGGAUCAAAAGCAUCGUUUAUUAGUUAAUAGAUUGAGUGAUAUUGAGAAAUAUAGUUCUAUUUCUUCUGAAUUCAAGGAACCAGAAGUACCACGUUUCAAGAGUCAUGGUUAUUUGAAAUCUUGGUUACAAGAUGAACAAGGACGUGAUCAAAUGUUGUUACAUUUUUCUGAAACUGUUGGUAUUUAUUGGAAUAAGAAAGCUAGUGAACCAGAACCAGUUAUUGAACCAAGAAGAGCUUUCACUUCAAGAUAUGCCAAAUUUUCACCAAAGGGUACAUAUUUAUUUUCAAUUCAUCCUCAAGGUAUUCAAUCAUGGGGUGGAGAAGAUUUUAAAAGUAUUCAUAGAUAUGUUCAUAAUCAAGUCAGAUUAAUUGAUUUUUCACCAAAUGAAAACUAUAUGGUUACCUUAUCCCCAUUGGCUAUUAGUUUACCUACUUCUGCUGCUGAAAGAGCACAAUUCCCAUUUGGACCAGAAUCAGAAGGUCAUAAAUUAGUUAUUUGGGAUUUAGCCACUGGUGAACCAGCAAGAACAUUUGCAUUACCACCUCAUUUAGAAGGACAAAAGGAAAUGCCAUGGCCUUUGGUUAAAUGGUCUCACGAUGAUAAAUAUUGUGCACGUCAAGGUCCUGAUGCAUUGGCAAUUUAUGAAACUCCAAGUUUCCAAUUAUUGGAAAAGAAAUUGGUUAAGAUUGAUGGAAUUCAAGAUUUCGAAUGGGCACCUGCUGGUGUCCCACUUUAUAAUAGUAAAGCUGAAGGUGGAGAACAUGUUUUGUCUUAUUGGACUCCUGAAACUAGUAAUCAAACUGCUAGAGUUGCUGUUAUGCAAAUUCCAAGUAGACAAGUUUUAAGAACGGUUAACUUAUUCCAAGUUAAUACUUGUAAAAUGCAUUGGCAAAGUGAAGGGAAAUUAUUAUGUGUUAAAGUUGAUUUACAUACUAAAUCACGUAAAACUAUUUUCUCCAAUUUAGAAUUUUUCAAAUUAACUGAAAGAGAUAUUCCAGUUGAAAAAUUAGAAUUAAAGGAUGUUAUUGUUAAUUUCUCAUGGGAACCUAAAUCAGAAAGAUUUAUUACUAUUUCAAGAUUGGAUGAUGGAAAUCCAAAUCCUUCAAUUCCAAAGAAUACCAUUUCUUUCUAUGCUCGUGAACCAGUUAAAGGUAAGAAAGUUGCUCCAAAAUACAAAGCUUAUAACCAAGUUCAAGGAAAACAUUCUAAUACUGUUUAUUGGUCACCAAUGGGUAGAUAUGCUGUUGUGGCUACUAUUCUGAGAACUUCUGGAGAAUUAGAAUUCUAUGAUGUUUCAUUUGAUGAUGAGUCUAACAAGAAAGAUCCAGCUAAUGUUAAAUUAUUAAAAACAGAGAAAUUCUCCGGUAUGACCAAUAUGGCCUGGGAUCCAUCUGGAAGAUUCCUUGCAGCAUGGUCUUCCUCUUGGUUGCAUUCAAUUGAAAAUGGAUAUAGAAUAUUUGAAUUCACUGGAAAUUUGAUCCGUGACGAAACUCUCGAUCAAUUUAGAGAAUUCAUCUGGAGACCAAGACCAGAAUCGUUAUUAACUAAUGCUGAUAAGAAGAAGGUUAGAGCUAACUUACGUCAAUAUGCUGAUCAAUUCGAAUUGGCUGAUGCCAUGGAAGCCGAUGCUGCUGUUAAGGAAGCCAUUAUGGCAAGAAGAAAGGCAUUGGCUGAUUGGAGAGAAUAUAGAGCUAAGCAUGUUGGUAAGGCUGUUCAAACUGGUGAUGUUAAGAUGAAAAUUAUUGAAGAAAUUAAAGAAGAAAUUAUUGAAGAAAAGGAAGAAGUUAUUGAAUAA